CGGUCGCUUGGCUUCGUUUUUUUUUCAGGUAAAAUUAGCAUUAGCUAGCUAUAAUAAAACACAAAAUAAAUAACAUUAUUUUAUCCUUAAAGUUAAAUAUACUACUUAUUUUGUAUUUUAGCUAAUGUUAACAAUUGUUAAACAGUUGUUUCUAGGCAUUAUGCUAUACUAUAAUCUACACCUGGUUAAAAUUAGUAACGUUAGCUAAUGUUAACUAACUAGCUAGCUAGAUAAAUUAACUAAGGUUAGCUAGGUUAACUUGUUUGUAACUUUUAACUAAUUUGUUUGCUAUAAACUAGAAAUAUACUGUUAAUAAUUAGAAAUACACAACAAAUAAAUAAUGCUUAUUUGUUAGCACACUUAUUUUUAGAUUUAUAUUUUAGGUUAGAAAUAGACAAGAAGAGACAAACCUAAUCAGGUUUUUAAAACAUUAUGUUAAAAAUGCCAGCAUGAAUUAAGAAUAUAUAUCGACACCUUCCUUAAAUAAUCCUUUCUAAAAUAAAAUAAAGUUUUUAGGGAACACACACAAAAAAUAAUUUGUAAUGACUAUAAGAAUAAGAAGUAUAAGAAAUGGUUUAAGAGGAUAUUUUAUAAUACAGUCGAGCUGCAGAACCAGACAGAAACAAUCCUAAUAAAGUUUUUAUUUAACUAUUGUGUAAAAAGACAGGAAAUAGUAAACAUUUUGACAUUUUAACAUCCACAUCUGUAGCUAGAACAUUUCUAGCUAUAGCUUUAUGGACUUAGCCUUGCUUUAACACUACAUACCUAUGUUAUGCAAUAUUUAUAGCAUAUAUCCUUCAUUAAUAAGAAGUAAACCUUAUAUUGUACGUAAAAUCUCAUCACUUACCAAGUGGGGAGAAGCGCCGAAUCGUGGACAUCAACUGAAGGAAGUUGAAGCAUGACAUCAUCAGUGAAGAUAAAUGCACCAGUACCUGCAGCACCCAAACAUGCCCAGGCCAGGACACACCACCACCAUUAUUCACAGAUGAGGCAGUAUAGUUUGGACAUUGGGAAGUACACAUGUGCUCCUGUCACCACUGUGAAACAGGUGAAAUGGACAACAUCUCCUCAGCAACUGUGUUUACUCUCACUGCUCUUAAUGGCACAAGCUGGACCAGCAGAUUCAUCAUAUUUGUUUUUGUACUGCCGGCAUUUUUCCUGACUCUUUUUCUCAAUUCAACUUUAGUUCUGAUCAUCGUCCUAGAGAAAUCCCUCCACCAGCCCAUGUACAUUUUCCUGUGUAAUUUAAGUAUUCAUGGAUUAUAUGGAGCCACAGGAUUUUACCCAAAGUUUUUGUUUGAUCUGCUUGUAGAGACCAGUUUGAUUUCUUUACAGGAGUGUAUCAUUCAGAAUUUUGUCAUUUUCACUUAUACCAUGAGUGAGUUUACUAAUCUGACAGUAAUGGCAUUUGAUAGAUAUCUGGCCAUAUGUAGGCCACUAUACUAUCACAGUAUUAUGACCACUGUAAUGGUUUGGAAAUGUGUGGUUUUCAUCUGGAUGUUCCCCUGCUGUGCAGCUUUAAUAACUAUUUUAAUGACACUCCGGUUUCCUCGCUGUGAAACGCAGAUUAACAAACUGGUCUGUGACCACAUGUCUCUGGAGAAACUCGCGUGCUACACUGACACUGCUCAGUUUGUGCUCAACGGACUGUUCACCUGUGUAUUCUGUGCUUUUGUGGGCUUUUUAUUUUUUUCGUAUGUUAAAAUAAUAAUAGUGUGCAAACAAUCUAAACAGACCCAAAAAUUUAAGAGCACAUGUCUACCUCAUCUAAUAGGCUUCUGUAAUUAUAUAGUCUGCACACUUGUUGAUGCUUUUAACACACGUUUCGGGACAUCUUACCUGUCUCAGGCGCUUCAAAACUUCAUGUCAGUCACGUAUUUGGUUAUACCUCCAUUGGCAAAUCCUCUCAUAUAUGGAAUUAUAAUGAGCCCAAUUAGGACCAAGAUUAUCUAUAUUUUCCAAGGAAAUAAAUAUAAAUCAACUAAUAGUGCAGAAAAAUAAUGACAAUGCUGGUAACACUUUACAGUCACAAAUAACAGUACUUACGACAGUACUAAAUAUUGUUAAAUGUUAAGUUAUGCCUCAACUAAUGAAUAACUGACACUAUAG